UGGGAAUGGAUUGGCGUUGGAAUAUCAUCGCCGCUGGUACAGUGGCAAUGAAAGCGGACAGGGUGACGAGAGCGGCGGCGAAGCGCAUGGUAAAGCAGGUGCUGUUGGUUGCUGGGUAGUUGAAGAUGUGAUGUGAGCGCUAGCGCUGGUAUGGAAGAUGGUAUGAGCGAAGUGACAGUGAGAACCGAGCUCAAGCAGCUUCAAGAACGACAGACGGAGCAAGAGGGCAGAUACUGGAUCAAGAAAGGGCAGCCACUGAAGAACGAAGAGAGUGGGGCGGGUGACAACCUCAAGCCAUGGCCCCCACGAAACCCACGAAAAAGGUGCACCAUCCCCAUCCACCCGCCUCCAAACGAACGCGCACAUAGCUCAUCAUCCCCAUCCCUUUCUUUGCACCCUUUUAUUUUGCUACAGACCGGCGGCAAGACCCGCUCUGCCCUCCAGGACGUCGUCACCCGCGAGUACACCGUCCACCUCCACAAGCUCGUGCACGGCCGCUCCUUCAAGAAGCGUGCCCCCUGGGCCGUCAAGUCGGUCGUCACGUUCGCCCAGAAGGCCAUGGGCACCUCGGACGUCCGGAUCGACCCCAAGCUCAACCAGGCUCUCUGGGCGCAGGGCAUCAAAACCGUCCCCCACCGGAUAAGAAUCAAGCUUGAGCGCAAGCGCAAUGACGAGGAGAACGCCAAGGAGAAGCUCUUCACGUACGCCAGCCACGUCCCUGUCGUCUCCUUCAAGGGCCUCCAAACCGCGGUCGUUGACGCAGAGUAAAAGCGCAGUCUUCUCGUCGUGUCUCGGAUGAUUGGGCAUAGCAGACUUGGUCCAUGUAUUUCCUCCCUUUUCGUCACAUUUAUGCGUCGCGCACCUACCAGUUAUGCUAUGGGCAAUCACAGUCUCCGUGCUUUCGCAU